AUGGAUCUCCAAAAGCACAUGCUGUGUCUCUUCAUCGCACUAUUCUAUUUUCUUCCUGAACUAAGCUUUGGGCGCGAGUCAGGAUUUGAUAAAGCUCGAUCUCUUCACAAGAGGGAUGCAGAAGAUAAAUACUAUGAUCCAUCGACCCGAAUGGGUUGUCCACCUGUACGUUUACUAUGCCAGUAUACUGUUAAGUUCCUAGCCAAGGAAGCAAAAUAA